UCUUUUAAGUAUUCGGGAUAAGCUUCUAUACGGAGUUAAUGAAAAAAUUAAUUCUUAUACUAUAACUGGGCUUUGGAAACGAGCUCUUUCAUAUGCAAAAAAUUAUCAAGAAUUUGAUGAAGAAAUUUCAUUUAUUGAUGAUGAACUGGAUUGUGAAAGUUCAGAAGAUAGCAAUUAA